AUGACCACACCAUGGGAGAGUCAUGAGCCUCGUGUGUUCCGUGCGCAUCGGAGGCCAAGAGUGAAGAACGGGUGGAGAGGGAGAGAGCGGCCUGGGAAACAGUGGCUCGCACAGGUGCGCCAGGCUGCGUCUCUAGGGGCCAGCGUUACGACCCCAAGUGAGCUUUGUCUUCCGUCUUCACCGACUCCAAGGUCGGAGUCGGGAUGCUCUUCCCAGCUCUUCGGCCCCGAGCUGGACGGGCUCAGCCUCUGCCUCCUCUCUGACUCCCUCCUGUCCCCCACCUGGUCGGCUCAGUCGGCUGGGGUCACCCAUGAGGAGGAGGGUCCCCAGGGAGGAGCCGGCCCCUCCGCAAAGCAGCAGCUCCGGCUGGAGGCGGGCAAGGCCGGAGCCUCCGGAAAUGUCGGCUUCCCCCACGGAGUCGCCUGGAUGACGGGCGAGGAGAAGGCUUUUCUACUUCUCACUGAACCCUCUGCGGCAGUGACUAGAAGGUCAGACGAGUGGGGGGCCCAGACCCUGACCUGCGGCGUCUUUCCCUGCAGUGUGUCGAGUCCCAUCGGGAGCCGGCCUGAGACCCAGGGGACGGGCCAGGUUCGGCCGGACCUCGCGGCAGAAACGUGGGUGUGGACGGUCCAGGAGGCCCGUGGGGGCGCGGCCGGCCUCGGGUCCUGGGAGAGCAGCCGGGGAACGGGAGGGUCCCAGCAAGGGGCCCUUGAUUUUACGUGUUAG